GAGGAGCGGGACGGCCUCCGGGAGCUGGCGCGGCUGCAGCGGGAGGAGCUGGCCUCGCUGGACUCCGCCGCCGGCGCGGGGGGCCCCGAGGCGGAGGAGGAGGCCGACGCGGAGCUGGCGCGACUGCGCGCGGAGGGACUCCGCCUCCGGCGCGCGCUGGAGGAGCGCCGCGGCCGCGGACGAGCGCCGCCGUCGGAGUGGAGCGUUCGGCAGGAGCCCGGGCUCUCCGACGGGCAGCUGCGGAGGGAGGUCGCCGCCGAGCGCGCACGCCUCGCGGCCCUGGAGGCCCAGGCGGCGCCGCAGGACGCGGAGGCGGAGGGGCACAUGGCCAGGCUGCGGGCGGAGACGGAGGCGCUGCACGAGGAGCUGGCCGUGCAGAGGCGGCUCAGAAGGGAGGCCGAGGACGGGCUACGGGCCGCGCUGCUGCGGCUCGGAGAGGCGCGCGGAGCGUGGCCCGCCGCCGGGGCGCAGGCGGAGGCUGAGCGCGCGCGGCUCGCGGACGUCCAGGCCCGCCUGGCGGACGAGGAGCAGGCGCGCGGGGCGCGGGCGGAGGCGCUGCGCGGGGCCGUGGCCGAGCUGGAGGCGGGGCAGGCGGACCUCCGCGAGGCGGCCGCCGACAACGAGCGCCUGCGGGGGGCCCUGCGCCACACGCUGGAGGCCCUGGAGGCCAUCCGGCAGCGCAGCGGCAAGGCGCUGGGCGCCGCCGGGCCCGCCCGCGGCUGGGGCGCGGCCCCGGGCGCUGGGCCGACCCCGCUCGUGCCCCGCGGGUAU